UAUAAAGUUGUAUUUCAAAAGUAACUACAACAAUUUGUUUUGAAAAUAAGUGCUUUGUUUUUGUAAUUUAAAACACAAAAAAAAAUUAACAAAGAGAAAAUUUUAAAGCCGACGGAAAGAAAAUGAAGAAAAUUUAUGAAUUUGAUAGAAAAUUUAAGAAUACUUCUUAACAACUUUAAAACUAAAUAUUCAAGUGUUUUAAGCCUUUAAAGUAUACAAAUCAAAUAUAUUAAAUAAUGUAUUUAAUAAUAAAUUUUAUGAAAAAUAUUUGCAAAAAAGUCAUGUUUUAAGGCGUGUCAUUGUUUACAAAAAUAUUUGUCCUUUAUUAGGAUUUUUGUGUAUUUUUAAGUGUGUGUGUCUUAAGAACAAAAAGUAAUAGAAAUAACAAAAUCCCCCCACAAAAAAAAACUUUGAAAGAAAUUUGGAAUAGACAUAUACAUAAACAACAUGGAUUUACGUCCCUUGACAUACGAAGAAAUGUGCCAAAUGGAAUUAAUGCAUACCGGCUCAAAUUGUGGUGGCAUAGGAGGUAUCAGUGUUGUUGGUGGAGGAGCUGGUGGUACCUCUACUAAUCCCUCAGCCUCAAUUUCAGUCACUAACCAGACAACGAUGGCAGCGGUGCCAACAUCAGCUUCCCAAAACAGCAAUACCUCCACCACAACAAUGUUGCCAAUUAUGGUAAUACCCACAUCGAUGAUGCCGCCUGGUACACAUCUCAUAACAACUACAACUGCAGCAGCAGCAGCAAAUGCAGCUACACCUUUAUCGGAGACAGAGUACGAUAAUGAUACACAACAACAGCAGCAGCAGCAAUUAUCGAUAAAUGCAGCACAGCCCACACAUUUCUAUCAAUUGCAACCCACACACAUAUUGGCCACAGCGACGCCAUCAAAUACAGAAUUUACUUUGACAUCAACACCCACAGCCACUUUAUUGUUGCAGCCUACGGCUCAGCUGACUGGCACAGAACAGCUUCCACAUUCACAUCAACUUUUGCAGCAGCAGCCCCAACAGAUUCCACAACAAACUGUUAAUAUUUUAUAUACAGGCACUCUCACCAAAAAUCCACAGCAUCUACAUCAUCACCAGCAACAACACAAUACAGCAACACCACUAACACGCUCUGCCCUAGAGUGUUCAACUUUGCCGCGUAAUUUCCAGGCAAAAUCUUUAAAUCCCCCCUUAAAUGCAUCCCAAGAUGAAAGUGAUUUUGAGGGUAGUGAAUGUGGCGCCAGUGUUUCUACCACCACCUGUAUACCUCAUUUUCGUUUUGGAGGCUGUGGUGUUAUACUGCAGCCUGCCACACAAAAUUUCAAUCAACAGCAACAGCCGCCUCAUCAUGGCGAACCACAGGUUAUAGGCUGUGCUUCAUUAUCCCAUAUGAUGGGUUCAUUUGCUUCCGCUGCAGGUGAUGCCAUGCAUACAGGAAGUCGCAAUUUGGCUGGUACUUUGGGACGUAAUCGUCGUACACAGCAACAACAACAACAGCACCAUCAACAACAACAAGAUGGCAUAACAACACAGACUCCAAAACGUGUGUCAUUUAAGGGUGUCGAUUUGCCACCGCCACCCACACCGGAAGAGCUGCAAAUGUUAGAUGCUGGUCAUGGUCCAACUAUGGAUACAUUUAAUAAUUGUUCAUAUAUGAAUUUUGAUAAUUUCAUGGAUUAUCAG